UAGUCAGCGGAUUCAAUGUCGCUCGAGCUCCCGUCGUGGUAACUCGUGUGUUCCCUUAUAUACGUACUUAUAUACAAGUGACAUAUACUCAACAAGUGCGCGGAUAGGUACACGUGGGUCUGUAUACGGUCGUUCUCGAGCAGUCGUGCAGCGGAUCCGCGUCAGUGUCGAUAAAUCUGCUGAGAGUGAACAGUAAGCAGAGCAAAAGUUUCAAGUGGACGUAUACGUCCGUAUACAGUAAGUUCUGGAAGGAUCAAGGAAUCGAGUGUUUCCGUGCUUCGGAGAUGCUGCCGAUAUCUCUGAAGAGCGACUUUACUGCCGCCGCCGUGCUGAGCGAGGAGGAGAUUCGCCUGGAGAACCAGGAGCUUCGACUCAUUCUGGCAGCUCUUCGCGAGGACGUGUCGUCGCUGCAAACGGCUCUGGCGGAGGAGCGUCGGAAGAGGCAGGCUCUGGAGGUUCGUCAUCAGCGUUUGGCUCUUGGACUGUACCGUGUGACCGCUGCUCAGGAAAAAGGUGCCGCUGCGCUCAAACGCGUCCUCGACGGACAGGGCGACAAGGUCAAGCAGGUCUGCGAGGAAGUCGAGAGGUGGAAGCCGGUGCUGAGGAACGGAAAGCUCAGAUUGAGAUGCAUGUCCGUACAGCAGUGAACGACAAGUCGAAAAUCGAAAGCGGCGUCACACGGUAGCGUAUAACAAUUAGGAAGCACUCGUCGGAGGAUUGCUGAAUAGUACAUAUCAUCACACACGUCGAACCGUCGACGAAAGUUUCGAAUCUCGACUAUACGAAUUCCAGAAAAGUCUUUAGUGCCUUAAAAAGAACUUUCGAAUACAGAACGAUUUUUGGUAAAAGAAGCCGCGUCCAGUAUUUCUCUGUGAUUGAUUGCGCAUAAUCAUGAAGAUGUAGUUUAUUGUUAAUUAAUCGAAAAGACUGAAUAAUUUUAAUCUGAUUUCAAUACUUAUUGAAAGGUCUAGUCAAUAUUCAAUGUUCCCUUUAUAUUGCAAAACUCCUUAGGUUGUAGUAGAUAAUUUUUUUACGUUUAAUUUAAAUAAAAUUCGUGUAAAAAUUUGUAAUAAA